CGUCAAAACAAAGCGGGGGCGAGCCAAUGAGCGAGCGAGCGGCUGCGCGUGCCUCAUGAAUGAUUCCCCCUCCAAAACACCAAAGCACAGCAGGUCGGACCCUUCAUCCGCCUGCACCCUGAUGCCCGUGUGGGUGCGCCGACCGGCGGGGAACAGUGGAGGAGCCAGCCGCUGAGCCCGGACAGUAUACACUGCUUGUUAGUGCUACAUGACCGUUUCAUCCCGUCAGGAACAACACGACAGGAUAAAGGCACGAUGCUUGAUGGACUCAGGCGGAGGCACGCCUCCCGGCCCUCCUCACGACCCCUGUCACUCAACUUCAGCACCUUCUCUGCCCCUCCCCCCAGCCCAGACAUGGAAAGCAGCAGUGAGCAUCCAAUCAGGAGGACUCUGCACCGGCUGAAGUUGAUGAGCUCUCCCAGCCUCAACGAGCUGGGGAAAAGCGAGAAAAGUUCACCAGAAGACAGAGGUGAGAAGCAGAAGAGGGCAGGAGCCAACGCCACCUGGAACAGCAUCCACAACGCUGUCAUCGCGGUCUUCCAGAAGAAAGGUUUGGCAGAUAACGAGCUCUACGUCCUCAACGAAGGUGUUCGGCAUCUGUUAAAGACUGAGCUGGGGUUUUUCUUCACGGAAUAUCUUCAGAACCAGUUGCUUACAAAAGGCAUGGUCAUUCUUCGAGAUAAAAUAAGGUUCUACGAAGGUCAGAAGUUACUCGACUCUCUGGCAGAGACCUGGGACUUCUUCUUCUGUGAUGUUCUCUCGAUGCUGCAGGCAAUCUUCCAUCCAGUUCAGGGUAAGGAGCCCUCAGUGCGACAGCUGGCUCUGCUUUACUUCAGAAACACCAUAGUUCUGAGCGUAAAGUUAGAGGACGCCCUGUCUCGACCUCGGGCCCGCGUGCCCCCGUCUGUUACACAGAUGCUGCUUAUUCUACAGGGGGUCCAUGAGUCCCGAGGUGUUAAUGAGGACUACCUGAGGCUCGAGUCCUUGAUUCAGAAGGUGGUCUCCCCCUACCUGGGCACACACGGGCUUUACUCAGGGGAUGGUGCUGAGGACCAUUGCUGUGUUUUGGAGAAGCGUUUGCCGUGGGGCUGGUCCAAGUCUACGGAUCAACCAUCUAAAAACCCUGUGGUACGAUCAAAAAGCUACAAUAUCCCUCUGCUGCUGACCCCUGUGGCCGAAUAUGACCCAGAUGCCAGCUCUGUUGGCAGUGGGGGAAUUCGGCGCCACUCGGCCUGUGAAAUUAUAACAUGCCUGGAGGAACAAGGACUGGCCUACGCUGACUUGGCCUCAUCUGAACUGUCUGGCCCCGCCUCAAACAGGCUGUGCGUGGGCUCUCAGUUCAAUGGUAUUGUACAAGCGGGAGCGAGUGUCAUAGACUUGCCUCUUUCGUCUCCUUGUAUCCUUCCACUUCAUUCCUCAGGAGCCCUGCACGGCACUGAGGCUACAACAACAAUGACUGAUCUAAGUAAGGGUCCAUCCUCCACGCCGCCCAGUGAAUCAUCCAGCCCUGAAACCAUUAUUGGACAAGUGCUAGAGUCUGCAGACUCAGACUCAGAUGGGAUCUUUAUUGAUUUCCCACCUCACUCCUCAGAGGCUAUGGGGUACUGCCGCGAGAGCAGGCAGAGCACUGUGUAGCUGUGGUUGCCUCUAGGAACACACACACACACACACACACACACACACACACACACACACACACACCUUUUCAGAGUGUACGUUGAAAAUCUGUGGGACAGAUUUAAGAUCAAACUACAUUUCAUUAAGAUGGUACCAUCUUCCUUUUGUUAUGAAUCAAUUCCAGUUGCUUUCACUGGUGAAUGAAAACCUCACGACUUUAACAUGUAACAUGAAAAACAUGUUUGUCCAGCUAAUUACAAAGCAAACACCAGUGGAAUUAUUAUUAUUAAAGGACCUCAAUGUUUUACCGGGUUUUUACUUUGAAGACACGUAGCUGUGACUUUAUCCAAGCUUUUUAUCCUGAGCUUUCAACUAGUUUCAUGAACCUAAAUAAAUCAGUUUAAGGCAGAAGUCUGGUGAUAUUCUAUAUUUUUCUCAUAGAGAACAAAUUCCAUGAAAAGAUCAAAGUCAAUGAUCAAUUGAUCCCUGUAAGUUUGCUUCUGUAGCCAAAGCCUGAUUAAUUUUCAUCUACUGCCAAAGACCUCAGUUUUGUCCAAAAACUACUAAAACACAUUAAUGAGCCACAUAGUUGCACUAACAUGUUUCUUCUUUUGGAUGAACAUGGGCACUGUAGUUUAUUUUGACUCAAUCCCACAUAAACAUUGCUUGUACUGUAAAUACUCAAUAAAUCAACAAAUGUAUAGUAAUCUGUGGCUGGAUAUAGUCCCCAACAAAUGCAAUACUUACUCAUGUUUAAGUAACUUAUGUUAAAAACUCCAGUGCUCAGCACUUUAAUGGACUUAUUUAUCUUGCAUUUUCAACUAUAUUAUUGUGACCCAUUUUAAAGAUGUUUAUCUUUAGUGUAAACAAAUGGGUUUGGAGCUGAGACAUUCUGGGGAGGUUAGAAAGUAUUGAGAGAUGGAGUAACACAUUGAUGUUUUUGGUCUUUUCAUGAGAUUUGUUGACAAUAUCAAAAAUAUACACUAUAGAUGAUAUUAACCCAAAAAGGAGCAUGUAAUCUUUCAACUGGGGUUAAAAUCACCAAAACUGGAGUUAUGAGGUUUAGUUUCUUACCUCUACUGGGGGAAAUGGCUGUUAAAGCCACCUUUCCAUGGAAAAGUUACAAAGUUAACAUAUUUAUCAUGGAUUUUUUUGUAUUUGUGUAUUUUAAAUCUUGCAACUGUUUACGCUUCGUUGUCUGCCCUUUUGGCAGUAACACAGUAAUGAGGUCUUCUGCUCUCUCUUUUGUACGACAUCUUAUGAAAAUGUGGACUGUUGAAUUGUUUUCAUUGUCAGCGGCGGCUAUAGAGGUCUAAUGCAAACUUUACUUCUUAGAGCAAACUUCAGUGUGACAGCCUUUGCUUUUCUGUAUUAGCUCUGUACAGCAGGACUUUAAGGAAUGACAAUGUUUUAUUGUUUACAUUUGAUAAAGACAUGAACAUUUUGACUGAA